AUGUGUGGACGGAGCAGGACAGCCUUGCUGUGUCUGUCGGCCUGCUUACUUACCGCCAAGAUUGUGCUGGGUGGGAAAAGUUCUGGGCAGAACGGUAUGACAGACGAACAGAAAGAUAACACCACCGUGUUCACCAAGAUCUUAGAUAGCCUUUUGGAUGGCUACGACAAUCGUCUCAGACCAGGACUGGGAGAGCGUGUAACUGAAGUCAAGACUGACAUUUUCGUGACCAGUAUUGGGCCGGUCUCAGACCAUGACAUGGAAUACACCAUAGAUGUGUUCUUCAGACAGAGCUGGAAGGAUGAGAGGCUAAAAUUCAAAGGCCCCAUGGCUGUGCUGCGUCUCAAUAACCUGAUGGCCAGCAAAAUCUGGACCCCGGACACUUUCUUCCACAAUGGCAAAAAGUCUGUUGCCCACAACAUGACCAUGCCCAACAAGCUGCUCCGAAUUACAGAGGAAGGCACACUGCUCUACACCAUGAGACUCACAGUGCGAGCAGAAUGUCCUAUGCACCUGGAAGACUUUCCUAUGGACGCCCAUGCCUGUCCGCUAAAGUUUGGCAGCUAUGCCUACACUCGUGCAGAGGUGGUGUAUGUGUGGACCAGAGGUGCUGCCCAGUCAGUGGUGGUGGCUGAGGACGGGUCCAGAUUGAACCAGUAUGAUCUGAUGGGACAGAGUGUGGAUUCUGGUGUAGUGCAAUCCAGCACAGGGGAGUAUGUCGUCAUGACGACCCACUUCCACCUGAAGAGGAAGAUCGGUUACUUUGUGAUCCAGACGUACCUGCCCUGCAUCAUGACGGUCAUCCUGUCCCAGGUGUCCUUCUGGCUCAACAGAGAGUCCGUCCCUGCCAGGACUGUCUUUGGAGUGACCACUGUCCUCACCAUGACCACACUCAGUAUCAGUGCCAGGAACUCUCUCCCUAAAGUGGCAUACGCCACAGCCAUGGAUUGGUUCAUUGCCGUCUGCUAUGCCUUUGUCUUCUCUGCCCUUAUUGAGUUUGCCACAGUCAAUUACUUCACUAAGAGGGGCUACGCGUGGGACGGAAAAAGUGUGGUGCCAGAGAAGCAGAAGAAAAAGAAGGAAUCCCUCCUGAAGAAGAACAACACCACAGCCUACCCGGCCGCCACUGCUACAGCCUUCGCCCCCAACAUUGCCAGGGACCCUGGAUUGGCCACCAUUGCCAAAAGCGCCCCUCCACCCCCAACUGAGCCCAAGGAGGAGCCCAAACCCAAGCCUCCAGAGGCCAAGAAGACCUUCAACAGUGUGAGCAAGAUAGACAGGAUUGCCAGAAUAGCCUUCCCUCUGCUCUUUGGGACCUUUAACCUGGUCUACUGGGCGACCUACUUGAAUAAAAAGCCCAAAUUGCAGGGGGUCAACCCCCACUAA